UUGAGCGCUCGGCGACUCAUAGCCAGUCUAUCUCUAUUCUCUCAGUCGAUAAACCAAAAUGGCUGCGCAAACUCCAGGAAUUCAGCAGUUGCUCCAAGCCGAAAAGAAGGCCGCAGAAAGGGUCUCAGAAUCAAGAAAAAAGAAGAACAAGAGGUUAAAGCAAGCCAAAGAAGAAGCCCAAGAAGAAAUUGAGAAAUACAGAAGAUUAAGAGAAGAGAAAUUUCAAGAAAUUCAGGCAAAUUACCUAGGCUCCAAGGGUGACCAAGUCAAGGAGGUGGAGGAGCAGACAAGGCGUAAGAUCAGCGAGAUGGAUAUCCGUGUCUCAAAGAGCAAGGAGGAGGUCUUGUCCGGGCUCUUUGAUCUUGUCUUCGAUAUCAAGGCAGAGCUCCACGAGAAUGUUCGACUAUAAACAUUUUAAAAAUCUGGUGAGGCAGAUAUUUGGCUUUAAAAACACAAUUAUUUCUAGGGUUUAAGAAUAUAAUAUCUAUUGAUAUCUAUGUUGUGUAUAUAUACACUAUUUGUGGAGAGAAAACUAACUGUUGUAGUGUUAGGUGGGAUACAUUUUCAAUAUAAAGGGUCUGCACUUGCUUGAUUUAGAUUCCUUUACAAUCAUAGUUAACCCUCCUACUAUUGGUGCACUCUCCUGACCAAAUUGCUCAUCAACAAAAUUCCACAUGAGACUUUGAGGUUCAGUCCACACUGGUUUUGACUUUCCAAAUGAAUGCCAGCUGUACAA